GUACUUCCGGUAUCACAUGUACACAAAAUCACUGAAGACACAGUCAUAGUGCAUAGGUGACCAGGCAUACGGCGAAAGUUUUCUGUUGAUAGUUUUAGGAAAUAUUAUUAAGAUAUUCAACACUAUGAAUUACGACCAUAUGUUCAUACUGACAGCAUUGUGCUGGGUGUGUUAUUUGGAUUCACCAUCUGUCUUUGCUGCAAAAGCGAAGGACUAUUAUGAAAUAUUGGGUGUGAAGAGAGAUGCCAAAGAAAAGGAUAUCAAGCGUGCAUUUCGAAAACUGGCGAUCAAAUAUCACCCAGACAAAAAUAAGGACCCAGAUGCAGAAAAACAAUUCAUUGAAAUUGCCCAUGCUUAUGAGGUUUUGUCAGAUGCUGACAAACGCAAACAUUAUGACCAGUUUGGUAGUGAUAGUGGUCAGGCAAAUGGCGGAGGAGGUGGUGGUUCAGGAGGCUUCGACUUCAACUUCAAUGACUUCUUUAAGGGCUUUGAUGAGGCUUUUAAGGCACACCACGAACACCAUCACCAUCAACAUCAGCAAAAUCAACAGAACCACUUUAAGUUUCACGAACAGCACAGAUCACAGUUCUUUAACUUUGAUGAUUUAUUUGAAGAUACUGAUGAUAGUGACUUCUUUAACUUUGACCCAUUUUCAAAUUUUGAAACAAUGAACUUUGGUUUUGAUGACAUGGACAUGUUUGGUGAUAGACAUCAUAAUCAAUAUGACGCAGCUCACAAUGGACAUGGACAUGUACAUGAGCAACACAUGAAGAACCACAUGCAUGGCCAUCAUCAGAAUAUACAUGUGAACUCUCAAGGUGGUAGACGGUGUAGAACGGUGACACAAAGAGUUGGAAACAUGGUCACUACACACACAGAGUGCUCCUGAACCUACCAUUCCUGUCUUUCAAUCUCUAUACCAAGUUGCUCAGUGCAAUAGACAUCGAGUGUAGCUGGCUGCAUCUCAUUUUUGGGGACAGCGGAGGGAAAUGCGGGGAACAUUUUAUCACGAGGAUCAUUGUAGAAUACCAUUGUGUGGUAGUGAUAAGUCACCUUCAUUGAACAAAUGGUUCAACGUUUAUGUUAUGGUUUUAAACCAUUGCUGAAUACUCUAGUAACUUGUCAGAUAUAAAGUUUUUUAUUAUCAAAUAUAUAUGAUUUGAAUGAUCAAGAAUAUGGUGGAAGUUGCUGUUGUAUUAUUGAUUUGUGUUUAAAGAAUGCACAGUAUGUAAGGUUGGUUUUGUUCUAACACAAAGUAUUGUACCGGUAUGCAUGACACUUUUUCUAUCCAUCAUCUGUUUAAAUACAUCUGUGAUCAUAUUACAUGUAUAUAGAUAAACCAUUGGGCAUACUUAUUGAAAUUAGAUAGUCCCAGUUUAAUCGAAAAUGUAACUUGUGCAUUUUUUUGUUCAUUAUCUCUCCUAUUCAGACUGUGUCCCACAUAUUAGCUGAAAGUAUUGUGAACUGUUAUUGUAAACGGUCUUCCAGUGUGUUGCUUAGUUUUCAACACUUUGUAUACUUGUUCUGUUUUACAUAUAUGUUAAAUUUUGUAGUUAGUAGCUAGUGACUAAACAUACCACAGCUUAUCAUGGGGGCUGCUUUGCCAAGAAUCCUUGGAGCUUAUAUGGACUUAGGAGAGAUUUUCAAUAGUAGAUCUGUAUUGUUGUAAAUCCUUCUAAGCUAUAACUUUGUUUCUAGGGGCGUCUUUGGGCGCUUCGUUCUUCUUGUUCUUCUGUGUCCGAUCCUAGAUACAAUCGCCCUAACGACACAAACAAGGUCCAAGAACAUUGUUCUCGGGUCAAAAUUCCACACUACCUACAAACCGGGAGGACCGAGAACUACACGAGAACAAAAUGGCGGAAAGUAAAGUUAAGAACGAUGCGUGCAUGAUUUACAGCGAAAAACUACUACCGGUUUGCGGUGUUAGGGCAUUUUACGCGAGUUACACGUUCCGAAUCGACUCGAUUCUAUCCUGGAAACAAGCGCCCAAAGAUGCCCUAUGUUUCUAGAUGAAAUGCCAUCCAUUCCCUCAUGGAGCUUAUAAUAUGUACUUGUUAAGAAGCAUAUUGAUCCUUUUAAAUUGGAUAGAAAUAGUCAUUAUACUAAUGUAAUUGUUUCAUUUGUUAACUAUUUUUUUCAUGGUAUUUAUUGUUCAUUUCAAAGGAUUAAUCUGUUACUUGCGCAUGCUUUUUAAGUUUUUCAUAUUCUGACUGCAGAAAUAAUAAAUUAAAAAGGGUUUCAGCAGGCAAGAAACCAAAUUAAGAAGUCAUGUCUGUUACAUUAUCAAACUAAGUCUUAAAGAUUAAUUGUGUAUAUAUAUUUGAAGCCAAGUUCAUGGCUGGAAACGUGGGAUAUAAUCUAAAUAAUGAAACAAAUUACCUAAAUUAUUUCCACCCCACAGUUUCGGUCUGAAAACAACCAUUUUUGGGUCAACAUUGCCUCCUUGUUUUUGAAAAAGAAGAUCUUCACUUUUUAUGUCUUUAUGUCAAAAUAUUAUACUAAUGACCGAUUUAUAUCUCGGUUAAAAGCAAUUUCUCUAAUUAACGCCCAUCCCCUACAAUGAACUCGGGUAUGAUUCCAAUAAAUGCCCGGGCGAUAAUUAGAAUAAUAAAGGUAUUAUAAAAAUAGUUUCAUUUCUGCUACUAUAGAGUCAAUGGUUGUAUUAAAAAGUGGUUCAAAAUGGAAGGACCAUUUGUACAAAUUUAAAAUAUAAUAUCAAAUAUCAGCACAGUAGCUAACAAUAUCAUUAUAUAUCUUAUCUAAAACUGAACAUGCAUGAUUGGCAUUAUAGGAUUAAAAUUGAAAGUCAAAAGAAAAUUGAUGUAUAAAAGUCAUGUUUUUGCUGUUUGAAAUUCAAUGUUGAAUUUGAAACUUAAGUUUAUUUUGCGACUUGUUGUUUGUUGUUGUUUUUCUGCAAAAGUAUAUAUUUGGUCAACCAUUGGGUUCAUUCAUGUGCAUGUCAUUGCUACCGGUUUUUAAUUUUUAUUUAAAUAAUGUAUGUGUUUCUUUGAAACUGUUAUGGCUUGUUAUUUUUUGGUUAAAUUAUUUAUUUGAAAUUAAAGCUAUACUAAGA